CGACUUUGUACAGGCAAGACCAAUAUGUUAGACCUAGAAGUAAGUUAGUUUUCGGCUAGCAUGAUUUUCUAAGUUAAAAAACUUAUAUUGAUUCAACAAAACAAAACCCUAAUUUAUCUUGGGUCUUCUAGUUUCAUAGCAAUCCCUCCUACCGUGAAAAACCAUCAAUAAUGAGAUUCAUUGUUUACUUCUUUGGAAUCACUCUAUAUAAACAAUGUGGAGUUCAUCUCUUUCCUACACACACACCUCCGGAAAACCUAGUAAAGCUUUACUCAGCAGCAGCAUUAUCGCUUCACAUGCGAGGCAUGGAUAUCGAUCCUUCCGAGAAGAACGCUAACUUUGCCACUAGGUCUCUUGCAGUAAAUAGUUCAACGUUUUUGUUUUGUCCUUCUUCGCCUCCUCAAGAACCUCCCUACCGACAUGAUUUCAAAGUACAUUUUCUUCCGGUGAAUUGCUAUGGCUGCGGUGUGCGUUUUGAUCUUCGACCCACUACCGCGGACAAGAUACCAGCGUCAAAACAACCCUUUUACUUUUACAAUGAGAAGGUUUAUUGUAGUUCGGCCUGUAGACAGGGGAUCAUAAAUGUCGAAUUACCAUCUUUAGCUUCCAAGGACGACGCCAAUAGAUCAGCUCCAGCUCGUAGAAGCUAAGAAUAUGCACAUCAUUUUCUGUAUUAUAAUAAUCUUCACUCUCUUCAGCCCCAUAAUCUGUAACAUAGAAGAAGAUUUCACAAAAUCUAGCCUACAUGCAUGAUUUUUGCGAAGGAAUAGCUCCCUAUUUAUUGGGUUUGUAAAAAAGAAUUUAAUGUGUUUUUAAGUACUGCGUUAUGACA